UGUUGGUGAAGGGUCUGGAUGCAGCAGCCGGGAUGCCGCCAUCUUAUUAAAGGGAAAGAGCGAGCCUCGCUAGACCGCCCCGUGGGCCGCCCGCGAGAGGAGAUGCCGACCAGCUGCGCAGCGGCGGGCUGUGCCGCCGUCUACAACAAGAGCGUCAACGUCAGCUUCCACCGGUACCGCCCGGGCUGGGCUGGGGGAGGGUUAGGCCGGCUCUCCAGGCGGUUCUCUGCCCCCGAGGAAGCCGGAUUUCCUUUGGAUCCCAAGAGAAGAAAGGAAUGGAUACGUCUUGUAAAACGCAAUAAUUUUGUGCCAGGCAAACACACUUUUCUUUGCUCAAAGCAUUUUGAAUCCUCCUGUUUUGACUUAACUGGACAAACUAGACGACUUAGAAUGGAUGCUGUUCCUACAAUUUUUGAUUUCCCUGUUCAUCUAAAAAUCAGGAAACCUAUGUCAAGAAAUCUGAAGAAGAAAGAUGCUUAUACCCCAGAAGGGGUAUCUAACUUCAAAACAAACAUUAGCUGUAGACAAGUACAACUUGAACACAGUUAUGCUUUCAGAAGCCCCAUGGAAGCCAAGAAGAGGAUAAAUAAGUUAGAAAAGGAGAUAGCAAGCUUGAGAAGAAGAAUGAAGAACUGCAUUCAGAAAGAACAUAGAGCCACACAAAGAUGGAUAGAAAUGACUUGCCUCAUCAAAAACUUGGAAACAAAUAAUAUUUUACCAGGAGUUACACUGGACCACAUUUUACCAAAUGCCUUAAGAAACUUUCCCUUGGAAGAUUUCAAAAAUAUUUUGCAAGAACAGCAAGACCAUCUAUAACAGCUUUACCAAUUUUAAAACUAGACUUCAAAAUUUAAAUUUAUACUGAAUAUAAUGCCAAAAAAUGUAUCCAGCUUAAUUAAUAUGUUUUUCUAAGACAUUCUUGUGGUGGUGAGGGACAACACUGGUUCUUAUGGCUUCUUAAUUAAUUGCAAAUACCCAUCUAUUACUAAUGAAAACUUCACCACAAGUCUUUUAAUUGUGAUAGUAAGUUUUCAAUCAGUUAAUAAGAGUGCCUUAUGCAAGAACUAGUUCUGUGAAUUAACCAUCUUUUCAUUUUUAAAUAAUUGAGCAUUGUGUUUUAGUUGGUGGUGUUUGGUUGGUCUAUUUUUGUAGAAUAUCUGAGUAAUUGAAAUGGACCAGUUUUUGAUGGAACACACACACUAUUCAGGUAAGGUUUACUUUAAGAAUAAUAAUCACCACUUUGUAUUACUAACAAUCAAACAGGGAAAUGUCUUACUAGUGAACACUGUCCCACAGAUGAGACUUUUCCACUGAGUUCUGUCUUGUCCCGGGAACCUGCAUUGCAGCUGCCUAGGGUGAUGCUGGAGACCACAGCCAUUGUGGUGUUACCCAAGCUAAGGUCCUGUAUCCAGCGGAUACCUGUCCUUUUGCCAAAAUGGCAGACCACAAUGUAGAGAGCAAGUUCCAUGAGGGGCUGUUGCAGAAAUUUGCUGUAUAUGUGCUGUAUAUGUGCACAUAUGCAAAAAGGUUAAGUUGUAUGGAAACAAUUAAACUAACAACACAAACUGUAGUAGAGGCUACUUGUGAAUUAACAGCAAAUGCCAAAGUGAUGUUAAAAGUAUGGAAGUUGCAUUUUGACAAAGUGCUGAAGCAAGCAUUUUAGACAUGCUAGAUGAACAGGGUAUCUUGAAAGGCAGAAUGGAUGUCAGGACUGAACUGCCAUCAGCAAAAGAAUCAGAAAGAGCAGUGAAAAAGUUGAAAAAUGGGAAAGCUUCAACAAUAGACAGUGUAACAGCUGAGACAGUAAAAAUCAGUGGGACAAGUGCUAUCAAAGCAUUAGGAAAAUAUACAAGAAGAUAUGGGAACAGGAGGAGUAACUGGAUGACUGGGUAAAGGCAAUAGUAUGUACCAAUCCUUAAGAAAGGUGAGUCUGUCAGUCUGAAUAAUUAUAGAGGUUAGUCUCGGUAUCAUGGAAAAUGAACGUAAUUUAUUAAUGGAUUAAGACUGGUUUUUGAGGAAGUAGUAGGCAAGGAAGUGAGACUUCAGAACAGGCUGCAGUUGUAUUGAUCAGAUAUUUUACUCAAACAGUUUAUUUGGGAAUGGAAGGUUAGUUGCUGUUUUCAUCAAUUUCAUGAAGACAUUUCAGUUACUUUCCAUAAUGCUUUCCUCCAAAACAUUAAUCAUAUGAAGUUUCAAUAAGAUAAUUGCAAUUAUAAAAGUUAUGUACAAGGACUCCUGUAGUGUGCCCUAAGAGUUGGUGGAAAGCUAAAAUAAGCUAGUUGGGUAAAAAGUACAUAUUGGUCUGAUUAUUAAUCUGGAUAAAACUAGGUCCCUGAUCGCAACCUCCAGCUCCAACUAGCUUGGUAUUAACCUUUCCAGGUGGAACAUCAAGCAGGUGGCAACUGUCAAAUAUUUGGGCAGUGUCCUAGACUGCGGGAGGAUGCUUGAAAUAUGUAGACGUUUGACAUGGCAGCAGCUGCUGAUAUACAUGGGCCCUUCAGCGUCCUCUGUGGGAAGGUUAUGACAUCAGGCUUGUGAGGAAGCUAUGGAUCCAUAAAGCCACAGUUAAAGCAACUCUCUUAUACAGAAAUGAAUUGUGGGUGCUGAGGAGGCCUUAAGAACACCACUUUAUGUCAAGUGGCAGGAUAAGACUCAAAAUGAAGAUAUUUGAAGCCAAACCCAGCAGUCACCUCCAGCAGCACUAGGUUGAUUUCAGCAGCUUUCUUGGUACAGAGGUAGUAUUAGAAUGGAACAGUAAUGAAUUUCAAAGUGUGUGUACCAAGGAAUUCACUACAUGGCCCGUGAGCACAUGAACAUCAAAAACUUUGAUGGCGCAAAAAGAUUGCCAGUGAUGGAUAUCAACUGAAUAUACAACUAGACCUCCUUAAGCAUCUUGCACAGAGAUUGAUCCAGUGGUGCUUGAUUUGCAAGGAAACCACGUCCCUUUGAUAUUUGUCAUGAAAACUAAAUGUAUAGUUUGUUAUAUUAGGAGAAAAUGGUGAAUAUCCCAAAGUGAAUUUUUUUAUCAUUCAUAAAUUAUCUUUAGAUGCAGAUAAGUAUAUUUUUAAAAGGAAAUUUUCUUUUGAAGCUUUAUUACUUAAUUCUUGUACUUUUUUUUCUUUUAUGUUUAGGUAUUGUCCAUCUCGGAAAUGUUUCGUACAAGUAUAUACUACAGGCAUUUUGCUGUACCUUUAUUUAA